AUGGCCAGCAUAUUCUCAUAUCAGAGCUCUGAGGUGGAUUGGUGUGAAAACAACUUCCAGCACUCAGGUCUGGUGGCUGAGUUCUACAACACGAUCAGCAAUGUCCCCUUCUUCAUCAUUGGGCCUCUCAUGAUAUACCUUAUGCAUCCUUACGCCCAGAAACGCUCCCUCUUCGUGCAACUGCCCUGGGUCCUCUACAUUUUAGUAGCCGUGUUUUCUGUGUACUUCCACACGACUCUGAGUUUCCUCGGGCAGAUCCUGGAUGAGCUGGCCAUCCUCUGGCUGCUAGCGGCAUGCUAUUGUAUUUGGUUUCCUUGCUGUUACUUUCCUGCUUUCUUGAAGAAGGACAGAUCCCACUUCACUUGCCUGGUCCUGCUCAUCUCGAUCAUGAUCACCUUCCUGGCUUUCCUAAAGCCAACCAUCAACGCCUACAUGCUCAACUCCAUCGCGAUACACGUUUGCUACUUUGUGAGGACGGAGUACAAGAAGAAAAAUGCCCAAGUGAAUCAUAUGAUCCUGAUGUCUGUGGCCUGGUGGUUAUUGGCUCUGUCCUUCUGGAUAUGUGACCGGCUGUUUUGUACCUUCUGGCAACAGAUCAAUUUCACCUAUUUGCACAGCUUCUGGCACGUCUUUAUCAGCCUGGUGUUCCCGUAUGUAGUGGUUACCUUAGUUCUUCUGGAUGGCCAAUAUGAGAUGCAAGAUAACUCUCUGGAAAUCCACUACUGGCCUCGGGAUGAAUGGCUUGUAGGCUUGCCCUAUGUGAUUGUAAAGGGUGAGAAGGCCAACAGUUGGUCCAAGAGCUGCUGA